UGAGUGUGUUUGCUGUAAUGACUAUAAUUACUAAGUGGAUACAUGUUUAACUGGUCCACAUGCCUUGUCAAGAGGGUUGAUAAGAAGGCAGAGAAAAUAGUAUCAGUUGACUGAUGGACAGGACUUUCAGACCUUUGAAGCAAUUUUAAAGGGAGGAAAUGUGUAUCAUAUUUCCUGAAGAGAAUGUGAGUGCUGAUAUAUGGUUGUAACUAGCCCAUCUUUCACACAGUGCAAUGGCACAGCAGGACUGGUAAGAUACAUAGCCCAAAAGAGUAGCUUGUGACAAAAACUAGGAGAUAAGAUCAGUUGCAAAGUAGAUUGUGUUUCAUCUUUGUGUCUAAUUCUCUCCAAAGGCCCUGCAGUAGUGACAAGUUUACCUGAGGCUGGAGUUCAGUUUGAAGAUAAAUUGCCAGAGCUAAUCAUGUCUAGCACAUUGCAUGUUUGAUUGGUGAGGGCGACUAAAGUUGUACAUGCAUUAAGUGCAAAAAUCAGUCCAGAUAAAGUUCACAGACGGAUGAAAUGACUUUGGGCUCUGAGUUAAAAGGUGAUAGGAAGCAGAUAGAGUUAACUGUGUUGUGACCCAGUGAAGAGAUGAGAUAGUGGGCUACAGAGUUACCUGGGAAAUAUGAUGUAAACUGGAGCGCCCUGUGGGAUUUACACACUUGGUUUGAUACAACCCAUGACAUUCAAGAGAAGACUGCUAGACACCUCCAUCCACAUAAAUGCUGAGCACCUGAACUUAGAACAGAAACCACAAAUGGAAUGGUAGAUGUUGGAUGGAGCUGAGAGCUUGCUAUGUGCGUUAUGCUUGGUCUAAUUAUCUGAGACCAUAGUUAUAAAUAGGUGGGUUUAUAGACAUCGUGCAGCUAGGGCCCAAGGUAUGCACACAGCUCUGUUAUCUCUGGAAUGGUGGGAUAAAUACACAGCCAGUUUUGAAGAGUGAAAAGUUGAAAAAGACUCAUGGCCCAAGGUGAUGAUAAUGUAGAGAAUUCAAAAGAGAAAGCAGUACCAGGUGAAUGUUGCAGAAGGAAUACGUAACAGUGGAGUUUCCUGUGAAUAUGAUAUAGAAAAAACUGUAAGAGCCUGGAGAUACUUUGUAAUCUGUUACUGCAUAUUACAUAUGGACAAGUCAAGAGAAAGGAGCAGACAUUAUACAUAAAAGAUUGGCUGUAUUGGUAAUUGCAUGAAAGGAGCUCUAUAUGGCAAUUUUUAGGGUUUUUUUGUCUUGAAGUAUCACAGAUGGUGAGAACUGAUAAAUAUCUUCAGGAGUGAGAGACAUUACAAUGGGCAUUUCCUGUUACAGUGGCUGCUGAAGUGGAGGGACGCUUGGUGUUUGGGUUUUCAAAAAAAAAAAAACAUUUUUCUAAAAUGCUGUUCACAUUUGCUUGUCAGAGGAACAAGUCACAAGGGCCACUUUCUAAAAGUAUUGUCUAGUCUAAUUAAGCCGAGAUUCCCCAGAGGCAAACAGAACAGCUCCUAUUGAUCGUUUGCCACAUGUUAGAGAGUUUUCUACAAUGACUGAUCAAAUUGCUCAAAUUUCCCCUGUUUUAAAGGAUUUCAGUUAAAGUUGUUUUACACACACAGUGAGCAGAAGACAUUUGGCUGGCCAAUUGUCCCUUUGUGUGUGCCGAGAUUCUCUGGUGUUUACCUACCUGUGACAAUUAAUUGUCUCUGGCAUGAAACAAAAUGAUUAGGUGACCACAUGCUAUAAAGCAGACGAUGGGGUAUUGAUUGCACUAUAUCAGCCCCAGCCCGCUUUCAUGUGGAUUACCUUUUGCAGGUUGACAGAGGCAGAGGUUGCAGCAGACGACCCAUACAAAGGCAAGAUGUGCGGCGGCAUAACAACAUUCUUUGAAAUGUUUAAUUCAUCUUUUUAACCAUACCGCAAUAUUGCCUUUUAAAAUGUGAAAUAAGUGCAUUUUGAACGUUUACGUUGGAGCAACCGGAUGUCUUGAUGGGCAGUGAAUAGAGGCUUUUCUUUUGUGGAUGUUGCUACAGUUGGAGCUCAGCCCGACUCAACAAAGCUGUCUGUGAAAGUGUUUAUAGAUGGACUGAAACAGAGAACCUAAGUUAGCAAACAUUGAGACUCAGGAGGGUAAUAUCAUGGUUAAAGGACCAGAAAUGGAAACGGAAGAUAUGGAAAUUUCGUCUUCAGACGAGGAAACGAGCAAAAUGCCAACCUGGAAGGAAUUUUUUGGAUCAUCAGUGGAUUUGACACCUCAUUUGAUGUCUGUAUUUGAUGAGUUUUCUACACCACAAGAACUCCAACAUGAAAAUGAUGCAUCCUCUUCUGAGGGAACAAACCACAAAGCUGGCAUGUGUGAUGUGAAAUCUAUGAACAGUAGUGAAACAAGGGAGAAGAAUAAUGAAGCUUAUGGCUGUGCUAGUAGUAAUGGUCAGGAAACUCACUCAAAACCACAACAGACUCGGGAUCGAGAGAGAAAAAUGAUGAAAGAUGUAGAGACGUGUAAUAAUGACUCAACCCUUCAGGACACAGCUACUACAGGCGACAACAAGAAACGUCCACUGAGUCUCAGUUCAACCUCGUCUACUUCAACCUCCUCACUGCCACGCACACGGCGUAAACGCCUCAACACAUCGCAGAUGCACGGAAGUCAUGAUCAGCAUCUUCGCCACUCUGUGAUCAAUGAUUCUCAAAUGGAUACUCUCACAGAUGAAGAGUUGUUGUCAGAGUAUUGUGAAGAGGCUAACGAGUUGAAUGAAAGUUCAAGUACACUAAAUACAAAUGGGAAAGAUACAAGCAGAACGUCCCUCUCUCAAACCCCACCCCCCUGUUCUCCUUCUAAACUCUCCUACAUAGACAGGGUGGUGGACGAGGUUCUGGAGACUGAGAAUACCUAUGUGGAUGACCUCCAGUCUAUUAUACAGGGAUAUCUUGGCUACUUUAAAGAAUCAGCAGAUAUAGAACUAAAAGAAGAAGAUUUAGCUGCUAUGUUUGGAAAUAUUGAAGAAAUUUACCACUUCAACAGCCAACUCCUAGAACAGCUGAAGAAAAGUGAGAGGGACCCAGUUCACAUUGCUCAAUGUUUUGUCAAUAAUAAUCAAGGCUUUGAAAUCUAUUCACAAUACUGUACAAACUAUCCAAGAGCUAUCACUGUUCUGACCAAAUUCAAUGUCGACCCUGAGAUGGCCAACAUGCUGAAACAGCGUCAGGGUGCCUUACAGCACGCCCUUCCUUUGGGGUCUUACUUGCUGAAACCAGUGCAGAGGAUUCUGAAGUACCAUCUGUUACUGCAGAACAUCCUGAAGCAUUUUGACGCCAGUCAGCCAGGCUAUGAGGUGAUCCAGGACGCCCUGUCUGGAAUGACCAACAUGGCCAAACACAUUAACGAGAUGAAACGGAAGCAUGAACACGCUGUGCGCGUGCAGGAAAUCCAGAGCAUCCUCUACGGCUGGGAGGGGGACGACUUGACAACAUUUGGGGAACUGUUGUUAGAGUCCCCAUUUCGAUUGUAUGGAGCCAAGGGCCACAGACAAGCUUUCUUGUUUGAGAAAGGCUUAAUUUUAGCCAAAAGGAGAGAAGAUGGCACAUUCAUGUGCAAGGCUGUUAUAAUGUGUUCCAAUCUAAUGGUGAUUGAGAGUAUCCCAAAGGAACCUUUGAGUUUUCAUGCCAUUCCAUUUGAUAACCCAAAGAUCCAAUACACACUGCAGGCCAAGACGUUAGAGAAAAAGAGAAAAUGGUGUCAAGAAAUCAAACGUCUCAUCUUGGAGAACUACACUGCCCUGAUCCCAGACAAGGCUAAAGAAUUGGUGAUGCAGUUAGGCAGGAGCAAGGAAGAAGAUGAGUCCAUAAUGAAGAAUAUUGACCCUCCUAAGAGGCAGCACCAUGCUCCUGAAUAUCUGGAGAAGAGAAGGAGGAAGUCGGGCACAGGAUUAACUGAAUUCAGUUUACUUAAGGGCAAGAAAGCACAGAAAAGGCAACAAGUAGACAAAAGUGAAAGUCCGCGAUCAUCUCCUCAGCCUACCAGAAAAGGUGUGGUCAAGAGUUUAGUGGACUUUGUCAGUGACCAUAAAAAGGAUGGUGAUGUUGUUAAGCGUAGAAGCCACCUUAGGGUGAAGUCAGAGUCAUCAAAGAGACUUAGUCGUAGUUUGGAAAGUUUGACGGAGGAUGGACUGAGUGAUAAGGCAUCUGGAGAAGACAGCAAACGCCAGUCUGUUCAGGAGCCUGGUGCUGUGGCAACCAGUUUUGAUGAUGCCAGCGCCAGGGCUAAGAGAAUUAGUCAAAUCUUAGACAGUGAGGAAUUGGUUGAGAAUCUAAGAAAUGGUGGGCAAGGCUGGGCCAAUAAUUCUUCAGCUAGUCGCACAGAUAGCUUCAGAGUUGCAACAGAAUUAAACCGUGUGGACUCCACAACCGUAAAAGACGGUCAUAAGUGUGAUGGGUUCCAGAGAAAGCCAAAAGAAAGGACCAGGUCAGCAGAAAGUAUGGAGACCGAUUCUGAUUAUCACACAGAAUCUUCUCGCUCCAAUUCUAAAGUCAUGGAUGAUGGUUAUGUGAAUAUCUCAUAUGAUGAUCAAGGUAAAGUCCAGUUUAAUUUUGAUUCCGAUGAAGAAGAUGAGGAAUCACCAUACUCCAAUGUGAUAAUAGCACCAGGAAAAGUAGACUUGGCAAUGAUUAAUACAUAUGGAGACUACAUCAAUUUAAAGUCGCGAGGCUCCAAAGAUUUGCCCCAAGUGCCUAUGGAGAUAAUCGCAAAUAACCAUGCUAAAAGCUCAGAUAGCUUAUAUCAAAGCAGUAGCAAGUCUUCCAUCAGAACUAAUCAGGAUGAAUUUAGUGAUGAUGAUGAUGAUGAUGAUGGAGAUUAUGUCGAGGUAGCCAUGUUGGAUAACCGUCGAAGUCAAACUUCUCUUACCUCUGGCUCCACCUUGCGAAAUGAUGAAGAUGAUGAUGGGAUUUAUGAAACUCUGGCAGUGACCUCUUCACCAUUAUCAAAGUCAACUUCAACACUUACUGCAGCAGAUAUCAAAAGUAUCAAUGAUCUGCUCACACCAUUACCAAAUAGCCCAAAACUUAAAAAUAGGAGAAAUGAGCGAAGGGGUGGUCGACGUGCCUGCACUGACUUGGGCACUGCUGUGAACAGUGUUUCUAAAGCAGCAAAUGAAAAGGAACAGUCUGGAAAUUUGUGGGUCAAAAGACAAGACUCAUGGAGUAGUAAAAAGAGCCAUAAGCCAGAGCCAACACUAUCUGCCUUACCUCCUUCUCUCCAGAGGUCAAACUCUAUCCCAUCACUACAUGGAAGCAUUGAAGAACUCUGUCAAAAAGGAGAUAUCACCAAUAGUAAGCAUUCACUGAAAUUCUCAGACACAUCCCUCAUGUUUGGGAAUAAAAGUGCAGUUUUAGCAGGGGAUUCACCAAAAUUGAAAGAAAACCAUCGGAUUAUAUGUCGCUAUGCUACACCCCCCAGAGAAACUGCUGCCACCAUGGCAGCGGAGAUCACACAGCGUCACCGAAAGAGGAUUUUCAUGAGAUAUGCCACCCCACCCCGGGAAACCUUGACCCACAGCAGUCUGGAACAAGUACCUGUUAUAGAGAACAAGAUGGCUCUUAAACCAAAACUGGCCAGGUCACUCUCCGAUGGACAUGACAUGGGAGAUGAUCAUGGUCACUGUGGAUACAGUCAUAGAGGCCUUGACUCAAAGGCUCAUCGUCCAGUAUCAUUGAACCAGGUGGAUAAUUCUUCAAAGGGAGAACCUUGUCCACACCGUUCCAGACACCUCUACUCCAGGACAUCUUCUGCUCAUACUUCCUCUGAGAGCAUUGUUGGGUCUAUCAAAAAUGCUGUGCUAGGAUUCACAUCCAAAAUAGCCCAUCGUAUGUCUGUGACAUCACCACGUAGCAGUAUGGCAGACCUUGGCAGCCCAACAAGGUCCAGGAAUAAAUCCCAGGAAUCUGAAGGAGAGCAGCCAGAAGGGAAACAGAAGGAAAAAAGAGUCAGCACCUCUGUUUAUUCCUUAGCUCGUACAUACAGUGCCAAAAUCAAACAAAAACAGAAACCACCUAGUCAUACACCUCCUCCAAACAGGAAAUUUGAAUGCCGAGAUUCCGACUUGAGUGCAAAACAUUUGAGAAAAUUACUCCAGGAGAGCAAACCAGGCAGCUCCACUAUAGGGGCACGUAUGGCACAGGCAAAACCAGUUGGACUGGGAAACUAUACUCUUCCCAGACAAACACCAGAGGAACCAGCAGGUGACUCUACCUCAGCCAGUGAAAACAAAACAAAUAGGAAGGACCAUUAUGGCAGCCAGUCAACAUUUUAUGUUUCCACUCCGUCUGAUGUUGUUAAUCCAGAUUACAUGGAUGCCAGUGGUUCAGAUGAUGGAGAGUCCUCGGAUACUGGGAGUGUUUAUGAAAGAGAACUAGAGAGCAAUUUAGAUGAUGUGUUUACGGAUAUUGCUUCACUCAAUACAUUGGGCUCCGAGGACAAUUCUGAAAGGCAUUUUUCAGUGACUGAAGCACGGCGAUCUUUUGAAAAUGUAGAGAAAAACAAAUCUUGCUCUCUGGCACAAGAAGACAAACUUAAAACCCAAACUGUUGCAAUACCUGAAAAAGUGAAAAUGUCAGAAGAAAAUUCCACAUUUGUCAGGAGCGAAAGCUGUGCUUCCCCUGAUAUCAGCUCAGGGAUAUUAGAGAGACUCAGAGGUCUGGAGGAAUGUACAAAGUUUGUGAAAAAAACAGAAACUGUUUCUAAAGAAUUGGAAGAGAUUCCAAAGAAAUCAAUAGAAGAGAGAACCCAAGAACUGCUGGGGUUUACAGAAGGAUGGAAAAUGAAACGUCGACAUAGCAUUCCAAGAGAGGAUGAUGUAGCCUCUUUUUCAGAGGAGUUUGAACAAGACAACAAAAGGUCCUCUGUUGAUGACACCUAUGUUGAGAGAAAAGGGUGGGUUAAAAAGCUUAUUUCCAGAUUUCAAAGUGAAUCCUGAAGUUUUGGGAACAAAACUUUUUCUUCAAAUGAUCUCAUUUUAUUGGCAUUCAGCUUUCUUCUAAAUUUCUCUGCAAAAAUCAAGAUAAAAGUAUUUAUCUAUAUCUUCUUGGCUUUUAUUUAUGAUUAUUCCUUAGGUUAAAGCUUCCUCAUUUUUGAAACAAACCCUUGAUAUUCUAAAUUAUUGUCCCAAGCACCAUGUUCUCUCCAGAUUUCAGUUGAUAAAAAAAACUGACAGUGUUAUUGAUCCAUGAUAUUCUUUUUGAAAUGGUCAGCCACUGAAACUAUGAGGAAUUAAUUUAUUUGUUCUCCCCCCAUUGCUGUAGAAUACUGACAGAACAUUUAUCAAAAUAGAUUGCUUGUAGGUGUGGAAUAACAUCAAUUUUAUUAUAUUUGUGCCACUAAAUGCCUGCUUCAGGUCAUGGGUUUAUGUAUAAAAAUAAGGUGCAGUUACAGUUCACUUAUUACAGUUUAACUUAAAACAGUACUAUCAGUCACAACAGUAGGGAGUUGCAUGCCCAGUUGGUGAGAAAUGUUAACUUCAAAGAUGGUACUGUUCUAAGUGACAUCUGUUAUAUAUUCACUGUAAAUUCACCUUUAAAAAAUAAUAAAAUUUAAGCCUUGCAUGCUUAGUGGGCAACAGUGUGUACCUCUUCACUCAUUACCAUUAUGCAUAUACAUUUUAUUUACAGUCCACUUGUUACUUUAUUUUUUAAGUCACCUUUUCCUUCCAUGUUUUCCCUUGCCAACCUGUCCACUGUUGUAUCUGUGGUUUAUUGUUGAUUUUCAGCUUUUACCGCCGAUGUCACCUACCCAAGAACUGAUGGUAGUAUAUUACCUACUAAUCACUGGAAUUCAGUUGGGCAAGGAACUUUGGUUUCAUUGAAGUUUAAAACUUCUGUUUUCCAUCAGCAUUUGAUAUUUUCUUUCUGACAAUUUAAAUUAAAUCAAGAGGACAAGCAUUUAUUAGCAUGCUGUUUGUUCUGUUAUCUUGCUUGGUUUUGGUGAUAGAAAUAUAGAUUCUUGCAUGUUGUCACUAACACCUCUAAAGCUUAUUGCAAUCUAAUAUACCUUUUAACUUCCCAUACCUGUGAUAUUCCUCAAAUCCUAGAUUAAUCCAUUUAAUGAAUUUUGCAGUGCAUAUUUCACCUGCCUUGGAAAUUAGCUGAAUGUUUUGCUUUGUACACAAGAAUAACAAUUUCUGGAAUUUAAGUUUCAUUCAUUUGUACUAGAAUGUUUAGAACUAGUAGUUCAAGCGAACCUCUAUAUUGAUAAUCAUUUAUACAACUAAGACAAUUUUUACCCUAUUAUCUAUUUAAUUUGCCUCCAUCUUUUCAAUGCACUACAUGCAAUUUAGAAUCUGUUGGUCAGCUCUUUUCAUCAUUCAUAUGAAGUGAGAUCAAUUCUGAAUCGGUAGUUUUUUCAAAUAUUAUAUUUUUUUCUUAAAUGUGUAUUGAUUUAAUCUAAUCAUUUUAUAUGAUAGACAUUUAAUGAAUGUGCUUAAAGUACAAUUUACUCUGGGCUGCUUGAUGUUCCCCCACUGCCACGUUGUCAUGCCACAAGUGCACGUGACAAGAAAUGUUGCUUUUGUACAAAUGAAAAUAAUUAUGAUUGAAUGGCUUCAUGGAGGUUGUGCAAGAGCUUUUCAUGUGGAGCAAUGUCAUGUGUAUUAAUAUAGAAAUGAUUUGUAAAUGUUAGUUCUGUACAUUGACGAAAGGAUGUAAAAAGUCUAACCCUUUCUUUCUGUCAUCUUAAUAUUAUUUGCUUCCUAAAAUAUGUAAUACUACAUAGGAUAGAUUGGUUGAAAAAAGUGUAACUCAGAAAGAAAAUUAGUUCAAUUUGUAGCUGCAUUCAGUAUGAUCUCAUAAUAAUGGUGCCAGUAGCAGUGCCUUGUUAACGUACAAAGUAUUAGCAUAAAUGUGUGCUUACGGUAAUACACAUACUGGCAUAUAGACCAGUAAGAAGUUGUCAUGUGCUGCUGUAAGUGCACAAGAAGCAUGCAUAUAUCCACAAAACCACUGCCAUAAUCUACACAUGAUGAAUAAAGUCUUUUUGAAGUUAUUUGAAUGUAACUGAAACUUGAAGGACUUUGAAUUUAUGAGAAAGUACGCAUAUCACCAUCCAGUUUACAGUAUGCAGUACUUAGCUGGAAUAGUUAUCAUUGUAGGCAGCAUAAUUUUGCUUUAGUUUCAACUCAGUGAAUAGACCAGGAUGGACAUGACAGUUACAUGUGCACACAUUUUUUAUGUACAUGUACAUGAGGGUUGUACAUGUACAGAAGUCGAUAUUCUCUCUGCUGUUUUAAGUGGACACAAUGAGUAGCAUUUGAGCUUUGUGUAACAGAGCGCUUUUCAGCUGUAAAAGAGCGACAUGGAAAAAUGCAUUAUUGUUAUUUAUUACUGGUAUUAAAAAAGUUGUAAAACAAUGAAGUGAAAUACUGAGUUCUUGUUUUCAAUGUAUAGAUAUCGUUUCUUGGUCCCAGUUGACAUCAUUCCUGAAUAAGCCUAACACCUUCACAAAAAUA